UUUUUUUUUUUUUUUUGUGUGAUUUUCACUUUUUGAACCCUUUUUGCCUCUCAAAAGCCUAUUUAUCAUUAACAUAUAUAUACCUAUUGACUUUUAUUAAUACAAAACAUGCGUCUUAUUGUCCGUCAAGAUUAUGAAGAAGUGUCUAAUUACGCAGCCUAUUACGUAAAAGAGCGUAUCAAUCAAUUUAAACCAACAGCAAACAAGCCGUUUGUUUUAGGACUACCAACUGGCUCGUCGCCAAUUGGCGUCUACCAUAAGUUAGUAGAAUUUCACAAAGCAGGCGAACUAAGUUUCGAACAUGUCGUGACAUUCAAUAUGGAUGAAUAUGUUGGGCUACCACGAGAUCACCCUCAAUCGUAUCAUACAUUUAUGUGGAAUCACUUAUUCAAACAUGUUAAUAUUAAAAAAGAAAAUGUUCACAUAUUGGAUGGUAAUUCAGAAGAUCUAGACAACGAAUGUUCGAAAUUUGAAGCAGACAUUGUAAAGCUGGGAGGCAUUGAAUUAUUUUUAGGCGGUAUUGGGCCUGAUGGACAUAUUGCUUUUAAUGAGCCUGGAUCAUCACUCACUUCGAGGACAAGAGUCAAAACAUUAGCGUAUGAAACCAUUAUUGCAAAUGCACGGUUUUUUGGCGGCGACGUGUCGAAGGUACCAAAACUGGCGUUGACAGUGGGUGUAGCUACGGUAAUGGAUGCAAGAGAAGUGUGUAUAGUGAUAACGGGUGCUCAUAAAAGUUUAGCAUUAUCGAAAUGCCUUGAAGAAGGAGUGAAUCAUAUGUGGACAGUUUCGGCGUUGCAAAUGCACCCUAAAGGCUUGAUUAUUUGUGAUGAAGAUGCGACAUUAGAGCUUCAUGUAAAGACGGUACGCUAUUUCAAAUCCAUCGAACAUGUUCACCAAUCGAUUAUCGGCCCACACAAUCUAGGUUUACAAGGAAAUCUAUUAAGGAACAUGGCAGAUACGAACCAGGCUGCGAAACGACGUAGAAGACUGAUGCUACAGAGCUUACUAAAUGAUGAAGAUGACGAAGGCAGCAGUCCGUUUUCUUCAGAUGAUGAUUCCGUUCGAAAAAAACAAAGAAAAACAGCAUAGAUCGUUCUUGAUCACAACUCUCCCAUUAUCACAGCAUCCCCACAAUUUUCUUUCUAAAAAAUAAAAAAAAAAAAAUAAAAAAUAAAACUAAAGGGUCGUUCUCCGAUGACCAAAUAAACGUUCG